AUGGGAUCUUUGGCAACAACCACUCGUUUCGUCACGCUGAACUGCAGAACAUUAUCGAGUGAACUCCAACAAAUCGCCCUGUCUAGGCUUCUGCGAUAUCUCUGUGUGCUCUUUGCUGCACUGCAGGAAGCACGCGUGAGAGAUUGUCCUAUCAUCAGAAUCGAAAAUUACACCAUAUAUUGCAACGAUGCUGAUGAGAACAAAACAGGUGACUGGCACAUCGAGGAGGACCCAAACGUGGACUACGAGAUACUGCUCAGAGGAUUACGAGCCUGUGCUGAACGUGCCUUGAAGCCGCGCACGACAAACUUGGAUCGAAUUUCGAAGACCACUAAGGAACUGUUGGAAAAAAGAAGGGCUUUGUGGCUUGAUCCGAAUGCAUCGCACAUUGAGCGUAAUAUUCCGCUAGCAGUCUUGCUGAGCGAAGACGGGACUCGCACGUCUUCUCGUCGUGAGAUGGAAAUCAUUACGGAGAGGUUCUACUCGAACCGUUCAUCAACUCCUGUGUCAAGCCCGAACAUCCUCACUGGCGAAGCUCCACCACGGAUUCUCCCUUCGGAAGUACGAGUCGCUAUCAAGAGCAUGAAACCUGGCACAGCCUCCGGACCUGACCUGAUUUUAUAUCAGCAGACUUUGUCCGGGCUUGUGACCAUCCGCUUCAUGUAA